AUGGAGGUCAACCAGGGUUCAGCAGAUUCAGACACAGAGGUCGCCCAGGAGUCUGGCAGCGAGGAUGAGAUGAAAAAAAAGCAGAGAUGUGAGGUGAAGCCAAGGAAGAAAUAUCUACCUGAUUCAGGUGAAACCAAAAGGAAAGAUGCUCGUGGUGCAUGCAGACCGCCUGAAAUUGUACGAGGAUACAAGAUGAAGAUCUUAAAAUGCUUUGAAUGUGGCCAAACCUUCUGGAGGCGGUGGAAUUUAAACCGCCACAUCGAUACCCACAAGCAAGAGAAAGAGAAGUACAGAUGUCCCCAGUGCCCGACCCCCACAAAUUUCAGCAGAUUCGAGGAUUUAAAACGACACACAAGACACAAACACCUGAGUGUGGAGGAUGGGAGUGAGCCAAAGAGUAAGAGGGAAGAAAAACAGAGAAAGGACAAGCUGAAAGGGAAGGAAGAGAAGAAACGGGAACAGGAGAAGAAACACGAAGAAGAGAGACAGGAGAAGAAUCGAGAAAGGGGGGAGCAGGAGAAGAAACGGGGAGGGGAGAGACAGGAGAAGAAACGAGAAAAGGAGGAGCAGGAGAAGAAACGAGAAGAGGAGAAACAAGAGAAGAUAAAAAAAGAGAACGAAGAUGAAGAGCUAAGGAAAGAGGAGAACAAGGAGGAAGGCGAGAUGCAAGAGAGGGAAGAGGAGGUUGUGGCGUAUGAUGCCUCAAUAUCUCUUCUGGACGAGGAGAUAGAAAGCUAUUUGGUUCGACCACAAACACCCGUAAAAGGACCCGGGAUAGGAAAACGGUUAGCAACCAAACAGGCACCAAGCCCAACUUCAUCAAUCCGUUCUAUAUCAUCGGCAACUUCCUCAGCCUCAUCCUCAUGUUCAUCAACAUCGUCAGCAACAUCUUCAGCAUCAAACUCAUCCUCGUUUCCGGAUUCCAACCCUCUUAAUCGGAACUUAACCCACAAAGAAGUAAAGUCAGUACUAAAGGGGAAGGUGAUAAAACUCAUUGAACGGCAUACGGUGAAGUUUAGGGACCACACCGAAACCUGGGAGAAAGAAUAUGUUUUGUCAGAGGAGUGA